UCACAUAGCAAAUCUAAAGGCAAUAUUUAAAAAACGAAGAAAGAAGAAGAAAAGUUAAAUAACUAUUUCCGGUAACAGAAGCCCUCAAGAACUACUUCCGGGUCGACUCGAGCAAAGCGGAAGAAGACGGUAGCUGUUUUGAAAGAUGGCGGCGCACACGCAGAAGAACAACAAGCCGGGUAAGCCCGGAGGAAAAGAGGCUCAGCCUCUAAUCAUCGCCAAGACUCCGGCGGAGGAGCAGCGUCUGAAGCUGGAGAGGUUGAUGCGGAACCCGGAGAAGCCCGCUCCCAUCCCGGACCGGCCCAAAGAGUGGAACCCGCGGGCUCCUCCGGAGUUCGUCCGGGAUGUGAUGGGCUCCAGCGCCGGGGCGGGCAGCGGGGAGUUCCACGUUUACCGGCAUCUCCGCCGCAGAGAGUACCAGAGACAGGACUUCCUGGACAAGAUAGCAGACAAGCAGGACGAGGACCAGGACUACUUGGACAAGGUGGAGCAGAACAAGCAGGCAGCCGAGGACAGGACGGCGAAGCGCAAGAAGAAGCGGGAGAAGCUGAAGCAGAAGAAGCUGAUGGCGAAGAAGACCAAGCUAGAGUCCAAGAAGAAGACAGAGGACGACGAGAGCUCGGACAGCAGUGAAGAAGACAAGGAGGAAGAGGAGGAGAGGGAGGCUGACGAUGAUGCCGAGGCUCCUAGCUUCAUCAUGGGGAGGAAAUGAGUACCCUGCGAGGGGGGGGGGGAAGUGGGAGGGGGCGGGACGGACUCCCAGGACUACUGGGUGCUGGUCUCAAUGCUCCCUGGUAGUGACAUUGUGGGGGAUCCAUCAUGAAGGCAGGACUGGGUACUGGGUGCUGGUCUCAGUGCUCCCUGGUAGAGACAUUGUGGGGGAUCCAUCAUGAAGACAAGAGAAAGUGCUCCCUGUUUUACUACCAGAGAAACCUGGUUGGACUGCCUAGUUUUAAUAGGCAUGAAGUGUAUGAUUUUAGGCACACAAUGGUGGUCAGUGUCCCAGCUGGAAAAGAGACAUGUUGAGACACUUGUAAUUUUUUUUACUAUGCUUUCCAUAUCUCACUAAAGUAUUUGUAGUAGUCAUGUUUCAGCCAGCAGACCAGGUGUCCUGUCCUCUUCAGGGGCUUCUUGCAUUUGCCAACAUUUAUGAUCAAGUUUUCAGAAUGUUGACAGGAUCAGAUUGUUGAGUUGUUGGGAAUCCUCUACAUUUAAAUGUGUUCAUGUUUUAAUAAAAAUACAAAUAUACAAGGACA